GGGAAGACUAUUUCAACCCAAUCAAAACCAAAUAUUCCUUAAUCCAGAAGCUAUGGUUUCUUGUGUGCCAGUUCUGGAGAUGAUGGAAGAUUAGAUGUGUUAAUUUAUAUAGCGUUUGGCAAGGGGUUCUAUCCCUUAAAACGCUUGCUAAAUAUGCCAUUGUUCAGAUGUGGAUUCGUAUUGCUCCUGAUACUCGUCACAAUAUCUGGUACAGUUGACGCCAGAGUGAAAAGAAGGUUGUUGAAAAGAGACUUGGAGGAAGCAGAUAAGGUCCAAGCAGACGAUGCGAAGUCUAGUGAUCAAACAUUACAGGAUCAACAGCCCACCGCAGACUAUGAAGAAUACGGUCCAGAGUAUGAAGAAUACUACGAAGAAGACGACAAGAGAAAAUCUACUACUUCAAGGCCACAAAAUAGAACUGAUGCAACGACAACUCGAAAAGAUGAAGAACGAGUGCCUCAGACAACUCCAUUUACCCAACCAGAGAAUGAAAGGCCCACACCAUCAUCCGCACCUCGUCCUACCACAUCGAGAGUUCCUUUCAGUUGCCACCAAGAAGGAGUACAGCAUCUAGAUGGAGAAGAUUGGAGAGUUGGAAAUUGCACACAGUGCAGCUGUAUCAAAGGGACCAUUCAGUGCGAAACGGACAACGAUUGUCUUCUAGGACCAAGACCGACAAGAGAAUCAAGACCAGAAGAACCUCCAGCUCCCAGGGGAGAUCCAGGCCAGCCAGGUUCUCCGGGCACUCCAGGUAUUCCGGGUCCCCCAGGACCACCAGGACCCGCACCUGACCUCAGCUCGUAUUAUCAAGAACUUGUAGCUUCGCAAUCUAGUCACGAUAAAGGUCCAGCAUUCCCUGAACCUUUUCAAUUCAUGCAAGCUCAAGUUGGCCCUGUUGGACCCAGAGGUCCGCAGGGACCUGCAGGUCUUCAAGGCUCCCAAGGAUUCCAAGGUCUCAGAGGCGAGACAGGUGAGCCUGGUUUACCAGGUCCAAUGGGACCAAUUGGACCUCGAGGAUUACCUGGACCUCCAGGAAAAGACGGCGAACCUGGUGAUGACGGCGAGGCUGGGCAGCCAGGAGCGGCUGGUCCACCAGGACCUAGGGGUCUUCCAGGAAUGCCUGGGUUGCCAGGGCCGAAAGGACAUAGGGGUUACAACGGACUUGACGGAGCUAAGGGAGAGCAGGGUCCACCAGGAGCUAAGGGCUCUCAAGGAAUUCAAGGACCUGUUGGUUUGACAGGCCCAAUGGGGCCUUCAGGCCCCAGAGGUGAAAGAGGAAGGGAAGGACCUCCUGGACCACCAGGAAUAAGAGGAUUUGAUGGAAUUGCUGGUCCACCUGGUCCACCGGGGGCGAUUGGCAAGCCUGGAUCACCUGGUUUUCCAGGAAAUCCAGGAGCUAAGGGCGAUAUAGGAAGCAUCGGUCCAAAGGGCAGUCAAGGUCUUCAAGGGCCAAGAGGGGAAUCUGGUAGACCUGGCCAACCUGGUGAAUCUGGACCACCUGGUAUUCCAGGAAAAGACGGAUCGAAUGGAGAAAAAGGAAGUAUUGGAUCACCCGGAAUUUCCGGACCUCCAGGAUUCCCCGGACCAAGAGGACCUCCAGGUCUUUCAGGAAGUCCUGGCCAACCCGGAGCGAAAGGAAUUCCAGGUUCACCAGGUGAACGAGGUUAUAAGGGAGAUAUUGGCGUGAAAGGUGAAAGCGGUAGUCCAGGACCUAGGGGUCUUCCUGGUCUUCCCGGUCAGGAAGGAAAACGAGGUAAAAGGGGCAUGAGAGGACCUACUGGACCUGCCGGUCCCGUUGGAGAAAGAGGACCAAUGGGAAUUAGAGGAUUACCAGGUCCCGAUGGAGCAAUUGGACCUAAAGGUCAAACUGGUGAUAGGGGCAGCACAGGUCAGCCAGGAUCUAAGGGUAACCAAGGAGAACCUGGAAGACCUGGCUCUCCGGGUAUACCAGGUAUGAGGGGAUUGACUGGAAGGGCUGGACCGCAAGGACGACCGGGUAUUCCUGGAGACAGGGGACUCCCCGGAGCAGAUGGUAAACCAGGUGAUUCUGGACCACAGGGUCUUCAAGGUUUGCCAGGACCACUUGGACCUCCUGGAGACAAAGGUUUGACGGGUGCCCCUGGAAAAGAUGGCGAACAAGGACCACCUGGUCAACCUGGAGCUAGAGGCAUGCCUGGGCAAGAUGGUAAAACAGGCCCACAAGGACUUCCUGGACCGCCAGGAGCAGAUGGAGAAAGAGGCCCACCAGGAUCUGUUGGUCCACGAGGAUUCCAAGGACUUCCGGGUAGUCCAGGAAACCCUGGUACUCCUGGAAAAGAUGGCGAACAAGGUAUACAAGGCCUUCCCGGCGCAAUGGGAGCGCCAGGACCACGAGGCGAAAGGGGAUUCCCCGGAGAAAGAGGUCCUAAUGGUUUACCCGGAUUGGACGGACCUAAGGGAGCUACAGGUGCCCAAGGUGUUGAAGGACCACCAGGGGCUCAAGGUCCUAGUGGAGCUAAAGGACAUCCUGGACUACCAGGAAUGGUUGGUCUUCCUGGACUCAGAGGUCCACCUGGAGUCCAAGGAGAAAAAGGUGAAAGAGGAUCCAUCGGACCAAUUGGUCCUGAAGGACCUUCAGGAAGACAAGGCGACCGUGGAUUACCUGGUCCAGUCGGACCUCAUGGCCCACCAGGAGAACCAGGUGAAAGAGGAGAGCCAGGUCAUCCGGGUGUAGCAGGAGAACCAGGCGCUAUAGGAGAACGGGGACCAGUUGGUCCUCAAGGACAACCUGGUGUUCAAGGUUUCCCUGGACCACAAGGACUGAUUGGUUUACCUGGACUGAAAGGGGAUAGGGGUCUGCCAGGAUUGAAAGGAGAACAAGGUAAUCCAGGACCAUCUGGUCUACCAGGUGAGCAAGGCCCAAAGGGACCUAUUGGGUUGACUGGCGCCAAAGGAGCACGUGGUGAGGCAGGUCCAAGGGGAGAUGUAGGUCUGAUGGGACCACCUGGAAGAGCGGGAGAACCAGGAACGCCAGGAAAUCCAGGAAAUCAAGGAGCUAUGGGUCCUCAGGGUCUUCCUGGAAUCAAGGGAGCUACUGGAGAUGCGGGCAGCCCAGGACUUCAAGGCCCCCAGGGGCUUCCAGGACCUGUUGGUCCCGAAGGCCCGAAGGGAGAGACCGGCGCAGAAGGUUCACCAGGUCCCGUAGGGCCACCUGGCCCUCAAGGCACACCAGGGGAAAGAGGUUCCAUCGGUUUGCCUGGUCCCCAAGGAUCUCAAGGUCCUCAAGGACAUCGAGGUUCUCAAGGCGAAGCAGGUCCUCCGGGUAAACCAGGAAAUGAAGGACCCAUGGGACCUCCCGGUGUUUCCGGACCACAAGGACUUCCUGGUCCAGCUGGUGACCAGGGUCCUGAAGGAAGCCCAGGAAAAAUUGGACCCCCAGGAUUGGCAGGACGACCAGGCGACAAAGGACCAAUAGGGCCACCUGGACAGCCAGGAUCUUCUGGACCACCAGGACUACCGGGACCACCAGGACCUUUGGGUCCAAGGGGUCCAACAGGGGAACGAGGUCCUAGAGGCGAAACUGGCCCUCAAGGUAUAGAGGGAGCAAGAGGUGAAAGAGGAAAACCAGGUGCUCCAGGACCGAUUGGCGAGAAAGGAGAACGGGGAUAUCUAGGACCAGAGGGUCCGAAGGGCCACAGAGGGCUCACAGGUUUGCAGGGUCUACCAGGUUCUCCUGGACUCCCUGGCGAGAAAGGUAUGACAGGAAAUCCAGGUUUACCUGGUAAAGAUGGAGAACCCGGCACUAGAGGACCUCCUGGAAGGGAUGGCAACCCAGGACCACAGGGCAUACAAGGGCCUCCGGGACCAAGAGGAAAUAACGGCAAUGAUGGAAAGUCUGGACCUUCUGGACCACCAGGACCCCCUGGUCCUCCAGGACCACCAGGAGAUGGCCUGGGCUACGAUGCCAACAACCUAGCGGCUCUGCUGGCAAUGGGACAGAUGAACAAUCAGAAGGGUCCUGAUUCGAUGAGCGACGAACCUAUAAGAGUAUUCGGAAAGGAGAUGAGCGAAGAAGAUAGAAGGGAACUGGUGUUGAUGGCUUAUGAACAGCUUAAGACAUCUUUCGACAAAAUUCGGAGGCCCGAUGGCCAAAAGAAAAAUCCUGGUAAAACAUGUAGAGAUAUAUGGGCAGCUUAUCCAGACUCUCCAAGCGGUCAAUAUUGGAUCGAUCCAAACGACGGUGAUCCAAAGGACGCCAUCUUGGUUCACUGCGACAUGGAAAGAAAGGCUUCUUGCAUUUUGCCUUCUCCAGCUGAAUCCGAAGUGCUCAAUUAUGAAGGACACGAUACGGAGGUUUGGCUUGGUGAACUCGAGAAAGGAAUAAAGAUAACAUACAAGGCUCAUAGCAACCAAAUAGGUUAUCUACAAUUGCUCACGACGCAUGCUCAACAGAACAUCACGUUCCACUGCAAAAAUACGGUGGCCUAUUUCGAUCAGCAUAGACGUACUUUCAGACGGGGCCUCAAACUGAUGGCGUGGAAUGAUGCUGAACUUUUGCCGAAAGGAAAUAACAGAUUGAGAUACGAAGCUCUUGUUGAUGAUUGCAAAUUCCGUAAAAACAGUUGGGAGAAAACUGUGCUGCAGUACACAUCUGACAAAACCAACAGGUUACCACUUCUUGAUGUUGGGAUGAGAGAUCUUGGCAAGCCAGAUCAGUCGUUCAAAGUUGAGAUAGGAGCUGCUUGUUUCUACUGAUCGAAGCAAUAUUUAAUUUAAUGAAUAUAUUGUACUUAGUUCCUAGAGUGUAAUACUGAAAAAAGGUGCCAUAAUAAUUAAUGAGAUUGUAUAUUAUUUGUACAAAAUAAAGGAUAAGAUGAA